AUGUCAUUCAAAACUAAUGCAUUAAUAACCCAAUUCGGAGGUCAAUUGUUGAAAUUGACUCAUGAUUCAAAACUUACCAAAACACCAAUGAAUGUUAAUGUCUUUAUCCCGCCAACUUCAAAAGAGGCCAAGAUACCAGUAUUGGUUUAUCUUUCUGGAUUGACUUGUACACCAGAGAAUGCUAGUGAUAAAUCAUUUUUCCAAUAUUGGGCAAGCAAGUAUGGAUUUGCAUUAGUUUUUCCCGACACUUCACCAAGAGGAGCCAAUAUUAAAGGUGAAGAUGAUGGUUGGGAUUUUGGUACUGGAGCUGGAUUCUACGUCAACGCAACUCAGGCUCCUUGGUCAACUAACUACAACAUGUACUCAUAUGUACACGAGGAAUUGAUUGAUGAAUUGAGUAAGGAAUAUAAGCAAUUGGAUUUUGACAAUAUUUCAAUCACUGGCCAUUCAAUGGGUGGCAUGGGGGCCUUGGUUGGAUUUUUAAGAAAGCCAAGAAAUUACAAAUCCGUCAGUGCAUUUGCACCAAUUGCUAAUCCAAGUGUUGUUCCAUGGGGUGAAAAGAAUUUUGGUGGAUACUUGGGAAAUGAUCAGAAUAAAUGGGCUGAAUAUGACCCAACUGAAUUGAUCAAACAUUUCAAUGGGGAUGAUAAAUCAACUAUAUUAAUCCAUCAAGGAUUAAAAGAUAAUUUUUACGAAAGAGAAUUGAAACCGGAGAAUUUUGUUAAAGCGGCAAAAGGUUACAAGGGUGACGUUGAUUUGAAAUUAGUUGAUGGAUAUGACCAUUCGUAUUAUUUUAUUAGUUCAUUCGUGGAAGAACAUGCUAAACACCAUGCUAAAUACUUGGGUUUAUUAUAA